AGGGGUAAGGAGGCCGACACAUCUGCCUGAUUCCCUCACUGAACGACAGCGUUUCCUUCCCGCCGCGGCACUUCUCGCUGCCUUGCCCUCACGCGACCGUAAACCAGAGCUCCUCCGCGCCGCCACCCGCCACACCGCACUGCCGCGCCUCGCCACACCUGCUCGCCCGCGCCUUGUGUCCCUAAAAUGGAGAGGCAAUUAGCGCUAAGUGGAGUGACGUGACAGUGGUUCAUGCCUCAGCGGGAAUUAUAGACACUUGUUUACGCUAACGCCCCCUACUGCGUCUGCUGCUGCUUGUUUUAUCCCUGCUCCUGCUGCUGGUAUUACUGCUGCUGCCACUGCUCCCCCCGCCCGCCGCCGCCGCCGCCGCCGCCGCCGCCACCGAGACAGUUACCAUGAGGAAGGACGUGAGGACCAAGUGGAGGACCUUCCUGACGGAGGUGGUGCUGCUGUGCCUGCUGCUGGGGAGCCCGGCGGGGGCGUGUCCCCAGGGGUGCCGGUGCAGCCUGGACGGGCGGGGGCGGCGGUCCGUGCGGUGCGAGGAGGGAGGCCUGACGGACCCCAUCCCGGUGGGCAACAUGGCUGAUGACGUGGAGGUGCUGGUCAUCACCGCGCCGCCCUACCGUCCCAACGCCCUCACGCUCGGUCCAAUCUUCAGGAGUAUGCGGCGCCUCGAGGAGAUCUAUAUCACGCAUUCCAACAUUCCUGCCCUGGGCGCUCACACCUUCUGGGGGCUGGGGCGCCUCCACGUCCUCAACCUGACGCACAACAAGAUCGAGGCGCUCAUGGACACCAACUUCCGCGGAGCAGAGUCCCUGCGGCACCUGGACCUCAGCCACAAUCAGAUCGAGUCGGUGCCCUCCGCAGUGUUCCGCCACGUCCACCUGCUACAGUCCCUCUCCCUCGCCCACAACAUGGUGUCGGAGCUCGUGCCGCGCAUCUUUUUCGGCCUGGCGCGGCUCCAGCGGCUGGACAUCAGCUACAACCCACUCGGCGACCUCCGGCCGGAACAGUUCGCGGACGUGCCCGAGCUGGAGAAGCUGAUGUGUGCAGGCUGCGGUCUCUCCUCCCUCAGCAGUUCCCUGCUCGGAACACUCAGCAAUGUGCACACGCUUGACCUUCACAACAACCGACUGACGCAGGUGCCGCCCGGCGUGGCCACCAUCUAUCUGCCCAAACUCAUCUCCCUCAACCUGAAUGAGAACUGGAUCACAUUCAUCGAAAAGGGCGUGGUGGCGGGCUCCACGCUCACCUCGCUCCACCUCGCCCAUAACCGCAUUAACCGCGUGGAGCCCGAGGCCUUCAACAACGCGUCCAUCACACUGCUGGACCUCUCCUACAACCGCCUAGUCAAUCUCGAGCCAGAGGCCAUCAGGGACGUGUUGGAUGACCUGCAGCUGCUUGACCUCUCAGGCAACUCCCUCCACAUCGAGAGGCUCCAGCUGGUGUUACCGGCGGCCGCUCGGUUAGAGCGACUCGGCCUGGGUGACAUGGGCCUCAUGCGGCUGCCUCCAGGCCUCCUGCAGAACCUGACGGGCCUCCGCCACCUCAAUGUGUCCUCCAACUACCUCUCCACCUUCCCCACCGCGGCGCUGCUCAAUGCCCCGCAGCUCUACUCGCUCGAUCUGUCCAGGAACAAUUUCCGCGGCCUGGACGAGGAGGUGGUGGCGGCGAUCAUCUCCUCCAAAAAUCUGCGGAAGCUGCGCCUCGAGGGCAACCCGUGGCACUGCGACCAGUGCCACGUGGGACCGCUGCUGCAGUGGCUACAGGACGCGCCGGACCAGGAGUCUGGAUGUGAGGAGCCGCGGGUGUGGACGUGUCUGCGCUGCGUGGCGCCCCCGGGAGUGGAGGGGCUGGAGCUCGCCCUUCUGCCCAAGGGUGACCUGCCCCUGUGCCCGCAGGAAGUGUCGGUCCCCGCGCCGUCCUGGGCCACGCCGGCGCUGAGCGAGAACACCAUUGAACCCAUGCUGCCCCACAGCCAGCUGACGGUGCAGGAGGAGCGCGGCGGUCCCGACUGGUCUCUGGCGGAGCUUGCAGCCAAGCACCUGCACCUGCUGAUCGUGGUGGGCUGCUGCGUGGUGCUGGUGCUGCUGGUGAUGGUAGUGGUGGCCGUGGUCGCCUACAGCCGCCAUUCCGCCUUCUAUUACACGUGCGAGGGUCAGACCGUCGCCCCGGAAGCCAAGAAGAAGACCAAAGCGAAAAAGAAGAACAGUAAGAACAAUAACAGCAGUAGUCGCCCUGACGUCACCAUCGCCACAAUCGAGGAAUUAGCAAACAUCGACGGCUCGCAGGAGUUGCUUGGCACCGGCCAGACUCCCACCCCGGGCUUCGCAUAGAGGAGCAGAGGCCGCGCCGCCCACUCACCCGCAGAUGAACCGUCACCCAAAGGUUUGCUUAGGAGAAAGAGAGAACUUUACGAGCCGCCAGUCGUCUCCAGAGGCACACCACCACCGCCGCCAUCACCAGACACACACACACACACACACACACACACACACACACACACACACACACACACACACACACACACACACACACACACACACACACACACACACACAAAGGACUUCAACAUCGGAGUAAGAAACACAUCUGACUCGCUUCGGCUGGACGUGAAAGUUAGCCGGAGAAAACACUGGAAAC